CGCUUUCCCCCCUCCCUCGGCAAAGGAGCACCAGGUGGGGGCAACGUGACUUUGCACCGCCCCCACCCCAGGGAUGGACGUGCAAGGCAGGAUGGAGAUGACAGUGCCCGGCCUAGGGGGCAGGAGUUAAAUGCAGGGCAGGGAGGCAGUUGCAGGCUGUGUAGCUCAGUGGGUAGGGCAGGUGAUUUGCAUGCGGAAGGUGCCCAGGUUCCACCCCCGAUGGCGGCUCGAAACCCUUGGACAGACGCUGCCAGUCAGAGCUAGAUAGACCAACGGUCUGACUCGGUAUGCCGCGGCUCCCUCCGUUCCUGUUUAAAUCAGCCCUUUGUUCAGAACCCUGAGGACUGGAAUCUUAACUUUAUUUUUAGUGGCUUCACUCACCACUAGUAUAUGGCCCUCAAAAGAUUGCCCAGACCAGAAAGCGGCCCUUUGGCAGAAAAAAGGACACCCCCCCCCCGCUUUAUAAUGCUGAACACGUGGCAAAAUCUAUAGGCAUGAAACUUCCUUUGGAGCGAAAACCUUAGAAGGCAACAUCAGCCUUUCCUCCCAAGAGCCAGGCUUGAGCCCAUGAACAGGUCCAGGGGGGAGAUCUCACAGGCAGGAAAAAAAUAUUAUUAUUAAUUAACUAAUUUGUUUCACCCCGAGGCCUGAGGGCAAGUUACAGCAAUUUAAGAUGCAUCCUUCAAAACAACUGAAAACAACUUACAAUCACGAAAACAAGGGAGCAGCUGCCUGGGGUCCUCUGUGCCUGCAAAAGCAACUCCUUGACCCCCUCUUGGCCUUUGCAGCCCCAGGACAAAAACUGACAGCCGGGACGGGGGGAGGCUUUCAGUCACUUUGGAGCACAGAGCAAAGAUGGAGGCCAGAGACCCAGCUGGACCUGAAUUGGGAAGGGGACCUGACCCUGAUGCCGUCGGAGUCAGGGGCACUGGGGGGUUCUGGGAAAGGACAGUGCAGAAGAUCGUGGGUGAAGAUGCCCGCCCGGAAGUGGAGUGCCAGUGCUUCAGGGAGUUCUGCUACCAGGAUGCCAAGGGGCCCCGGGAGGUGUGCAGCCGGCUCCACCACCUUUACCGUCAGUGGCUGAAGCCGGAGAAGCACACGAAGGCCGAGAUGCUGGACCUGGUGGUCUUGGAGCGGUUCUUGGCUGUCCUCCCCCCGGAGAUGGAGAGCUGGGUCAGGGAAUGCAGGCCAGAGACCAGUUCCCAAGCGGUGGCCCUGGCAGAAGGCUUCCUCCUGAGCCAGGCCGAGAGGAAGAAGCAGGAUGAAGAGGAGCGGCAGGAGGAGAGGGAGUCAGAAGUGGCCAGCGAUGUCCCGGAGACCGAGAGGAUUCCCCUGGACUCCGUCCAGAGGCCGCUAGCCAGGUGGAUCACACAGGAGGGCGAUGGCGCCGCUGCCCCACCAGGCGGUGACACGACUCUGGAGCUUCCUUCCAGACAGCCUCCGCUUUGCAAUGGAGCCAAAAUGGUUGCAGUGGAGUCUCUGCAUAAGUGUCUGGUGAUGUUUGAGGAGGUGGCCGUGCAUUUCACAGAGGAGGAAUGGGCUCUGCUGGAUCCGGGCCAAAGAGCUCUGCACAGAGAAGUCAUGGAGGAGAAUUAUGGGAAUCUGGCCUCUCUGGGUGAUGGGGGAGAGAGCAGUAAAGUGGGUAACCACCAGCAGAGCAUAAAAAGUGAAGUGAAAAAGAAGUGGAAGAAUAAACUGGUCAAUUUCCAAAAUUCUGAUUUCUCAGAAAUUCCAGUCCAACAAGAAUUUUGCAAAGGAAACCAAAGGAACGAGAUUCCUCUAAAUGAAGAUAGUAAAUCAAGCCUUAGACCACAUCAGAGAAUCCACACAGGAGAGAAACUGUAUAAAUGCUCCGAAUGUGGAAAGAGUUUCACCGAGAGCACGAGUCUUGCAAGGCACCACAGGAUCCACACGGGAGAGAAACCAUAUACGUGUUCGGAGUGUGGGAAGAGCUUCACUCUGAGUACAACUCUUAGACGUCACCACAGAAUCCACACAGGGGAGAAACCAUAUACAUGCUUGGAGUGUGGAAGGAAGUUCAGUCAGAGAACUAACCUGAUUUCCCAUCAAAGAACCCAUACAGGGGAAAAACCAUUUAAAUGCUCCGAGUGUGGAAAGAGCUUCAGUACAAACUUAAGCCUGACUUCACACCAAAGAAUCCACACUGGGGAAAAGCCAUAUAAGUGCUUAGAGUGUGGAAGGAGCUUCACUGAGAUUGCAACCCAUGCAAGACACCAAAGAAUCCACACGGGCGAGAAACCGUAUAAAUGCUCAGAGUGUGGAAAGAGCUUCAGUGUGACUGCAAGUCUUGCAAGACACUACAGGAUUCAUACGGGAGAGAAACCAUAUAAAUGCUCCCUCUGUGGAAAGAGCUUCUGUCGGAUGAACACCCUCACUUCCCAUCAAAGAACCCAUACAAGGGAGGUUUAGUCUGAGGAACAGUUCAUUUUUUAAAAAUUCUGCUAAACGGUAUGAGGUUCAAACACGGACAGCCAGCAAUAAAAAUCACAGAGGAAGUGUGGUGGAAUAAAAAGGGGGUUAAGGUCCAUUUAAAAAUCACCAACUGGGAUGGGGGUUCUCUGGGAAAGGAAUUCCAAAGGUGUGGGGUCCUCAGUGGAAAGGCCCUGUUCCUCAUACCUGCUUACAUGAUCUUUCUUUAGUGGAGCACCAGAGUGCAACGACUCUAGAGUGGACCUUAAGCCAAGGAUAGGUUCAUAUGGGUGUAUGUAUUCUUUCAAACAACAUGGUUGUAGAGGUUAAUGUCACUGUGCCAGAACUACUGCACCAGACAUUGGAAAUCUCCAAUCCAUGGGCCUAAUUAGGUCCUAAACGGGCUCAUCAGACUGUUUUCCUCAAACCAUACCCACCUGCCCCGCAUCUGGUAAGGGUUAAGUAACAGAGACUACAAAGGAACAACGGGGGCUUAAAGUGAUCUCCUGAUGGUUCCAUUGCACGCACAGGGAUCAGCUGCACUAAGGAUUUCCCCAUCAGAAGUUUCUCCAGUGCAGUUGAGGGGCUCACUGUCAGCAUCAAACAGCAAGCCCUGCUCUGUCCACUUGCAGGAAUGGUUUCGAUUCAAACUGCACCUGCACGCAGACUUCAAAGGGGCUCGCUGUAAUUACCAGUCAGUUCAUUGGUGUUUACAGCAUGCUGUUUUGGACUCUUGAGAGUGGAGGUUAACAAUCUGGCUCGCUGCCUGGAUCCAACGCUGCCCCAUCUCUGAUACGCAGUUGCUGCCCUGGGCUCCUGCUGGGAGGAAGGGCAGGAUAUAAAUCAAAUAAUAAAUAGACUGUUCAGCGCAGGGAUGAACAGCCUUUUGGCUGGUGGGUUAGAUCCAAUUGGGUCAACCCACAUUUCACACCUGAGUGGGGCUGCCCACUUGUCAGUCGUCUGACAUACAGCAUCAGGUGGCCGUGAAUUCGGGGCCCAGCAGUGUGCUAAAUUUAAACAUUGCUGAAUGCAAUCUGUACUUCCAAAAGAGCACAUUUCCAAGGCUCCCAAUUCUUCCUUUGCAGCUAUAGCUUCACCUGACCCACACCUGAUGUCAUCAGAUGAGUGACAGGUGGCCAUCACUGGGCAGAAAUGGCCUUGCUGGCCAAAUUAGGAGCCUUGGCAGGCCCCGUUUGGCCUGUGGGCCAGAGGUUUCCCGUGCCUGUACUUGCCCCUACUAUCAUUCUAAGGCAGGUGUGGGGGACCUUUGGACCUCCAGAGCUUGCUGAACAACUCCCAUCAGCCCCAGUCAGCAUGACCAAUGGAUGAUGGGUGUUGUCAUUCAGCAUAGACCAGAGGCAUCUCCCACCCAUUUGUACACAUUCAUAUUUCAAUUAGUUCCAUGAUUUGGGGGCAGAAGAAGUUCCAAAGAUGGGUGUUGCCAUUAAUUAACAUGUAGGGAUUGUUGAUAAGACAACAUCUGUUUAUUUCCUCAAUAAUAAUAAUCCACAAAGUUUGGGUUUUUUCCACAACUGUCCCUGCCUCUUCUGUGCAUCUGCAAUCAAGUUUCUUCCUGAACUACUCUCUGGGGCAUUGACUGAAGGGCCUCUGAAGCUGAUCUUUAAGCCAAAUGGGAGCAGGACUCCCCCCCCCCCAAGCUGGUAUGGUGAUAACAUGUUUGGAUGUGGAGCAGAAAAGUCCUGGGUUCAAAUCCCUGCUCAGCCAUGAAGCUCACUGAGUGAUCUUGGGCUUGUCAUUCUUUCUCAGCUUAACCUCCUUUACAGAGUUGUUGUGGAGAUUAAAGGAAGGGAAAUGAUCAUGUAAACAAUUCUGAGUUCCUUGUGGGUGGGUGGGAAUAAAGAUACAAUGGAAAAACAACAAAGAGUCAUAUAUCACCUUAAAAACCCUCAAAUGAUUUAUUAUGGCAUAAGCUAUCCCACUUUGCCAGGGGGAUGACAUGAUAUCUUAGUCAGCCGGUGUACAAAAGUGGGAAAUUGUAAGGUGGACGUUGAAUGGUAAUGAGAUGCAAAGAUUAAUUAGAGCUUAAAUGUGUGUUAAAUAGGAACACCUUUUACCACAGAAGAUGGUGAUAAUUUACUGAGCAAUGCUGCCCUCUAGAAAUAUAAUGGCGCUGAUCUACUCCUGAAAUAGCCAGCUGUGAAAUAGGACCACAAAAGCCCGAUUAUUAUCUAUUUUCCU